AUGGUAGGGUUCAGAUACACGCGAAGAAGACGAUGGCUAGGUGGAGCUGCUGGGUGUUAUGGUGGUGGUGGUUUGGUGGUUCUUUUUCCGGCUUCUGGCAAUGGUGGGGUGGAGGUGUUAGGCGGAAUGGUGGUGGUGGUUUGGUGGUUCUUUUCUAGCUUCUGGAGAUGGCGGGGUGGAGGUGGAAUGGUAGUGGUGGUGGUGGUUCUUUUUGUGGCUUCCAAUGAUGGCGGGGUGGAGGUGUUAAGUGGAAUGUUGAUGCCCCACACGCGUUCGCAGGGACCGCCGCCGCUUCCGCUUACGAUCAAGUCUUCCUUCUCGUCUUCUGCGUCUGAGCACGAGGGGGUAAACCUCGAUGCUCGAUACCUUCAGGUCUUCCCAUUCUCACUCGCGGGUCGCGCAGCUGUCUGGUUUGAUUCUCAGCCUUCGGGCACUUUCACCACUUGGGCAGGUCUUCGUGAUGCUUUCUUAGCCAAGUACUUUCCCCCAGCCAAGGCAUCCCGCCUUCAUGAUCAGAUUCACUCCUUUUGCAUGGAGCCUGAUGAGCCCUACCACUUGGCCUGGGAGCGUUUUCAAACCUUUAUCUCCCGUUGUUCUCAGCAUGGUUUGUCUGAUUGGGCGUUAGUUGAAAAGUUUUACAAUGGUCUCACCCCUGAAAUCAGAGCUCGUUUCGAUACUUCAGCUGGAGGUCAGCUUAUGGGUAAAAAGACAGUGAAUGAGUGUAAUGAUUUGUUUGAGAGUUUCGCCCAUUCUGAUAUGGAUUACAGCACUACCAGCAGGACUUCUAUUCCUGUGCGUACCUCCUCGGCCGGUCGAGGGGUAAACCAAGUUAGCUUGGAUCCGUCGGUAGCUGCUGUUUUAGAGGGGCUGAAACAAGAGCUGAGUAAGAUUAAGAAGAAAGUUGAUAGGUGUGAGGUUUGUAGGGGAGGCCACGAUACGAUAGAUUGUCCUACCCUUACUCUUGAGCAGGUAGAGUACAUAGCUGGUCAGUCUAGGGGUCCCACGAAUCUGUUCAAUAAUUCCAAUUAUAACUCCAACUGGCGCGGUAAUGGCAAUAAUAGUGGUUUUCGUUCUUCUGGUAAUCCUCCUGGUUUUCCAUCUGGUCAGUAUCAAAAUAGGGGGCCGGGUCUAUACGUGAGUAGUGGUUCGGGUCAGAGUGGUCCGUUUAGUGGUUCAGGUUCGAGUGGGCAGUUUGCUAAUGGGGGGUCGAAUCAAGAGAGUCAAGGUAGUGGUAAGGCUUUAGAGGGUAGCUUGAGUAGGAUGGAGGAGAUGUUCACCCAGAUGAUGACGUAA